GGGAGAGGGGGAUCACUGCUGCCGAGCUAUUUCUAUAGUAGAAUAAUGUCGGAUACCAAACACGACAAAUGAUCGCCCAAUGGGAGGCUGGAGAUGGACUUGUGCAAAACCUAAACAUGCAAAGUAGUGCAGGAGAAGAACAUGCAUCAGAAAUCUUCGCCGCCUCCAGAGGCAACUCCGCUUCCAGUUUUUAAGGUCCAACCACUUCCGUGAUGCAGUCCCUGUGCCCCUCGUGAUUUGGCAGCAGCAUAUGAAGAAGAUGAACGCCCAGAUGAGCAGGUCAUGGAAUGGAGAGGAAAGCAAAGGGAGGAGCGUCCCGGCCUCGACGUCCUACGCCGUCAAACUGGUCAUCGCCGUCUUCGUUGCCCUCGUCGUCCUCGUCUUCUUCAUCUCUAACAGCGCUACCUUCGGUUGGAGUGAGCAAGGAAUAGAUCGACAGUCUCUCAACACACAAAUCUCGAAAGCUCAAUCGAAACGUCAACCAAAACUCAUCACCUUGAGCUGCCCAAACAUUACAGGAGCGUCGGCCGUCUGCCAACGAUCUCCCAACGCGGCGGCGCCUACUCCCCUGCACGUCACCGCCAACCAACCGUCCCCCACCUGCCCCGAAUACUUCCGGUGGAUUCACGAGGACCUGCGGCCAUGGAAGUCCACCGGCAUCACGAAGGAGAUGGUCCAGCGCGCGCGAAAGUUCGCUACCUUUCACAUGGUGGUGCUCGACGGCCGGGUCUACGUCCAGGAGUACUUCGGCCACUCCCUGUCGAGGAACGUCUUCACCUUCUGGGGUAUCCUGCAGCUCAUCAGCCGGUACCCCGGCCGCGUCCCUGACUUCGAGCUCAUAUUCAACUGCAUGGACAUGCCGUCUGUGAAGUCCGCCGACUACAACUCGUCGGCACCGCCUCCGCCGCUGUUCCAUUACUGCAAGGACGAUCGAACCCUGGAUAUUCUCUUCCCCGACUGGUCCUUCUGGGGCUGGCCUGAGACAAAUAUAAAGCCAUGGGUGCCACUGAUGAAGGAGAUGAACGAAGGGAACGCAGAGGUGGAAUGGCCGAAGAGAGAGCCAUAUGCGUACUGGAAGGGCAGUCCAUUCAUGGGCGGCAGCAGGCAAGACCUUGUGAAGUGCAAUGUCACCAAAGAACGAGACUGGAAUGCUCGGAUCUACGCCCAGGAUUGGAACAGUGAGGCCAAGCAGGGGUAUCACCGCUCAAACCUGGCCAGGCAAUGCUAUCACAGGUAUAGGAUUUACGUGGAGGGACUCGCGUGGUCGGUGAGCCAGAAGUACAUCUUGGCGUGCAACUCGCCGACGUUGUUCGUCGACACGCGCUUCGUCGAGUUCUUCCAACGAGGUCUCAUGCCCGGCCACCAUUACUGGCCCAUAGCAGCCGACAACAAGUGUAGAGGCAUCAAGUUCGCCGUCGACUGGGGCAACGCUCACCAAGAGGAGGCACAGGCGAUCGGGAAGGCGAGCAGCGACUUCUUCCAACAGGAAGUGAAGAUGGAUCACGUCUACGACUACAUGUUACACGCACUGACAGAAUACGCCAAGCUUCUGAAGUACAAGCCCACGGUGCCGGAAGGGUUCACCGAGAUCUGCAUGGAGUCAUUGGCGUGCUCUGCCUCGGAGAAGACCAAGAGCUUCCUGUUGGAAUCAAUGGAGAAGUGGACUCACGAUGCGGAGCCCUGCACUCUGCCUCCACCUUUCACUCCAGAGGAGCUCCACCAGGUGCUCGAGAAGAGGGCUAACGCGGUGAAGCAAGUGGAGAUGUGGGAGCAGAAAGCUUGGGAACAAGAACAGGGGAACAAGAGCACAUGAUGAGAUCAACGUCAAAGCAAAGGAACGAAGGCUGUAACUUUUUGAGUUAUUCUUUGCAUCAUUUUUAAUGUAUUAAAAUCACAUUUUAUCUCUAAUAAUUAUUAUUAAUUUUA